CACUUCCUCCUCAUAGUGAGGACCUGGAGUUUAUAGCGAGCACGCCUGCACACGCGCGCGUAUAUACACACACAGUCACACACACUCAGUCACUCACACACACACACACACACACACGCACGCAUAUUGAGCGCACUAAAACUUCUUCUCAUCGCACCUUCCAUCACACGGGAUGGCGAGGCGACCGAGACACAGUGUUUACAGCAGCGACGAGGAUGAGGACGAUGUGGAGAUUUACGAUCAUGACUACGAUGCACCAUUAGCCAAAACUGGAAAACGGCACCUCGGCAAAACACGAUGGACGCGCGAAGAGGAUGAGAAGCUGAAAAGACAAGUGGAACAUCAUGGCUCAGAGGACUGGAAAGUCAUUGCCAGCUUUUUGCCUAACCGCACAGAUGUUCAGUGUCAGCACCGCUGGCAGAAAGUCCUCAACCCGGAGCUCAUUAAAGGACCGUGGACCAAAGAAGAAGACCAGAGGGUGAUCGAGCUGGUGCAGAAGUACGGUCCGAAACGCUGGUCGGUCAUAGCGAAGCACUUAAAGGGCCGCAUCGGAAAGCAGUGCCGCGAACGCUGGCAUAAUCACUUAAACCCAGAGGUCAAGAAGACCUCCUGGACCGAGGAGGAAGACCGAAUCAUCUACCAGGCCCACGAGAAGCUUGGCAACCGUUGGGCCGAGAUCGCUAAACUGCUCCCUGGGAGAACCGACAACGCCAUAAAGAACCACUGGAACUCUACGAUGCGGCGUAAAGUGGAACAGGAAGGCUACCUGCAGCACGCGCACAAAGUCAGCUCGACGCCGAUCGCCAACGGAUACACGAAAACAUCCCACCUGCUCAACUACAGCCACAACCCGACCAGCAGCUCCAUGCCACCCAGCCCCAUCACUAACCAGUACCCGUACUACAUCUCCGACCCGCAGCGGGUGCCGUUUCCAUUGGCUCUGCAGCUGAACAUUUUUAACAUCCCUCAGCACGGCACCGCGGCUAUACAGAAACACUAUAAUGAAGAAGAUCCCGAAAAAGAGAAGAGAGUGAAGGAGAUUGAGAUGCUUCUGAUGUCGACAGAGAAUGAGCUGAAAGGACAACAAGCACUACCCAUCUCCAUGGCCAGUUACACAUGGGGCCGGGGCUCUUUGACUGACACCUCGGUGGGCGUGGCUGUCUCCGUCCCAGCCCCGCCCUUGGAGCAAGGCUGCCUUCCGGAAGAGAGCGCCCACGGGAACACGAACAGCCCGAACAGUAGCAGCAGCACGAACGGCAGCGGCAGCGGAGGCGCUGGCAGCAGCGGCAUCAUGGCAGCCUUACCGGAGUUCAUGGAUAUCGAUUCUUUCUUAAAUGCUUCCGUGAAUCCAGUCUCGGAUGGUCAGAGUCUCCCCGUCUCACCGUCAGCCGUGUGCCCCCAGAAGCCUCUGCAACCCGACCUCAGUCUCCACCACCAGAAGGAGAAUGAUAUGUUCAGGACUCCGCCUCUAAGGCGCUCCAUCCUGGAAUGUUCUCCUCGCACUCCUACUCCAUUCAAAACCACACUGACCUUGCAGGACACCAAAUAUGGACCACUAAAGAGGACCCACAGCCCUCCUGUAGACUCGGUCGUUGGGGGAAUUAAACAGGAGCCUCAGGAAUGUGAAGUGAGUGUCGGAGGAGCUCAUCAUGAUCAACCUCCGCUCAAGAAGAUUAAACAAGAGGUCGAGCCAACGUGUCUGCAGUGGGAAGGCCAGAGUCUUCAUACUCAGCUUUUUCCUUCCAGUGGCCCGGCCCAAAAUAUGCCGGAUCUUUUGUCGAGCUCGCUGCUGAUGCUGCCCGGAUCGGAGAAGAGUGAGGACGGACAUAAAGCAGCUCAGAUGCAACGCAGAACUCUGGGCAGCCCAGUGCAGCACGUGGGCACAUGGGAGCAGGUGCAUUGCGGGAAAACCGAGGACCAUCUCCUGCCCUCAGAGCCCGCACACAAAUACCUCAACAGCUUCUGCUCCCGCACGCUGGUCAUGUAGGAGACACGGGGAGAGUUUGAGAGACAGAAGACAAUCAUCCUGUAAUAAUGGGAAAAAAAAGAAAAAAGAAAACACUCCAUGGCCGCUCCUAAGGCGGGGUUGAGUCAUUGUGGUACGCGAUUUGGGAGAGGCGUCGAGCCGUUCAUUUGACGGCACGGCCUUCAAUUAAGUUGUGCGUUUCCUUGUUGGAAGUCAGCCAACCAAAGAAAAAACGAAAGUCGUCUUUUUUUUUGGUUUGUUUUUCUACUUUGUUUUUUCUACUUUGUCAUCUUUUUUAAAAAAAUUUUUAUAAUAAUAAUGUAUUAUAAUAUUUUGUAUUAUAUGUGGGGGAAAUUGAACUGUCUAUGAGGGCUCUAAUUGUAUGGAUUUUAAUAUAAAUAACAAUUUGUAAUAAUUUAUUAUUUUGUAUUAAGAAUAAUUAACUAUGACAGGCGCAUUCGUCAGUGUUGGACCCCAGUAUUCGUGAAUCCCGCUAAUCUUAUAGCUGUGCGUUACCAGUAAGGAGCGUGUUUCCUUCGAGCAUUACCAUGAUUUACAAUCCCGUAGCCCAGAAGUGCUGCCUCACAAACGACACAGAAUGAUGUUUAAAAAUGCGCUACACACACAAAAAAAACAACGUAUUCCUAACCAAAGCACUGAUCCGAGUACAAGUGCCUCAUAGUUCCAAGUGCCAAGUUCAGAAAUAAUGUAUGUCCUUAUUAAGACACCCAUCAUUUCACUAGUGUUACCAUUUCAUAAAA